AUGACGGAAACGGAUAAGUGGGACUCCCGAGUCAGUAGCCCAGUAACCAGAAUAAAACAUAUACAUGAACAUAAUUUGACGUACUACAGCAAGUGUAUGUUCGGGGGGGUCCUGUCUUGUGGAUUAACACAUACGGUAAUAACACCGUUGGAUGUUACAAAAUGUAGAAUCCAGUCGUAUCCUCAAAUAUAUAAAAACCUCUUCCAAAGUUUAUAUAAAAUAAUCAAGGAGGAAAAGGUAAGAAGCUUAUCAUUAGGAUGGUCUCCAACAUUAAUAGGUUACUCCCUUCAAGGGUUAUGCAAAUUUGGCUUUUAUGAAAUUUUUAAGGACGUUUAUUCAAAUUAUUUAGGAGAGGAAUAUUCCUAUAAGUACAAAGGUGUAACAUGGCUACUCGCAUCUGCAUCAGCCGAAUUUGUCGCGGAUGUUUUCCUAUGCCCAUUCGAAAUGAUUAAAGUGAAAAUGCAAACGAGUAAGGCAAAUACAUUUCCGACGAAACUGUCCGAAUCUGUAUCCUUCAUGGUAGCAAAUAAGAAAGAAACCAAGUUUCCCUUUGGUAGUGUUACACCCUUGUGGUGUCGUCAGAUACCUUAUACCAUGGCAAAAUUCUAUUUCUUUGAAAAAAUAGUGCAGUUAAUGUAUGACCAAGUUUUUACCAACCCGAAGGAUUCCUAUUCCAAGUCUACUCAAUUGGGCAUCACUUUCGCAUCUGGUUAUUUGUCGGGAAUUAUUUGCGCCCUGGUUUCGCACCCAGCAGACAAUAUGAUAUCUCAAUUAGGCAAAGUAGAAAAUAAGGGCAGAACGUUGUCAGCCAUAACAAAAGAAGUGGGUAUGGUAAAUUUAUUUACCAAAGGAUUAUGUACGAGAGUUUUAAUGAUAGGAACAUUGACCGGUUUGCAGUGGUGGAUUUAUGACACCUUCAAGGCCGUUAUGGGUUUGGGUACCUCGGGAAGUGGCUCAUCUGGGAAGAAAUAA